GUUACGUGUAGUGGUGCAGAAAGUGCCCAAGUAAACUGUAUUAUUACAGUUGCAAAGACAAGCCAGAGCUACUGUUCCGAAGACUUGAACCAACUGAGUCUGUUACUUGAAGUAUACCAAGGAGCUAAAAGUUUGUUCCUCUGAAACCAUCAGGAUGGGGAAAGGCCAGGGCGCCCAUGCCAAGCUUCCCAAGUUUAUGUGGCAGCUGGCCAUGAAGAAUCGCUCCGACCUGGCUUCAGGAAUCCCGCUUGCCAUCGCACUGGGAACCUGCACAUCGUUCUUGCUUGGCAUCGGAUUCCAUCUGGCCUACAGCGGCACGGAAACGAACUUGUGGAGAUCUCAGCGCAGCUUGAAGAACAGCAGCGACUCAUUCAAUCGAUACUCCAGCAGAACAGACAAUGGUCUUAUCCUCGACCCCACUCGCUCAAGCGCAUACGAGGAUCCCGCUGGCAGACCACCCAAGUAUUAGGCAUGCAUGCGUGAAGCUGGCCAGCAUCCCUGGCUGAUGUAUCUGCUCUUGCUUGUGCUCCUGUGUAUUUAUGCUGACAACCCGCUCUUCAAAUUACAAUGCAUCACUGUAUGUGACAUGUUGCAUGCAUGCUUGUCCAGGACAGCGUAGUCCUUUUGAAAGUUUACCUAGCCAACUACGUGUCCAGCGCUAGGGAUGCUCACCCUAUUUUGCUGCGUUGUUUUGGCGUUAGUUGCUGCUGAUCAUGAUUGUGUAAUACCGUAUGCACAGCUG